UGCACUAGGUGUUACUUCACGGCAGGGUCUCUGCAAUUCGGCUGCUCGUUUCACCUCCCGAGCCAGGCACAGCAUACAAACCUUACUUGACAGUUUAUUUCGGACAAAGAAAUAAACUGGCGAAAUAAACGGUUAUUGAGUAGGGUCAUAGAUUCAAAGAAUCUCUAUUUUACCUAUCUGGAUUUCGACAUCGGCGGUCUGUUCGGUCUCCGAUUUCCAAUUUGCGAAUGCGAACGGGGCUGCCGUCCCUCAGACCUCUCGCCAGCAUGGGCUUAUGAACUAAGUUGAUCCGAGGUGAAAUCUGGACUUUGGGUUGACGGUCUUACCUUGUUGGGAUUAAUAGCCCCUCACAAAAGUUCUGAGUGGAUAAGGCUUCAACCAAUUUAGGUGACCUGGGUCAUGAACCGACAUACGAAAAGGUAUAAAAGCCCUCUAGAAUAUUUUCAAUGUGGUGCAUCGACAAACGUACCAGUCGCAUCUGUCAACUUAAACAUGAAGCUUUCUCUCGUCUUCACCGCGCUUGCAUCCAUGGUGGUUCUUGCUACGGCGUUCCCUGUGGACGGAGCCGUUGCGAAACGUUCCUAUGCAGAGAACCGCGCCGAACUUCUAUCAAAUGUAGGGAAGCGCGAGGAGCUCGACGCUGAUCACAAGAAGCAUCCUCAUGGUGCGGAAAAGCGCGAGGAGCUCGACGCUGAUCACAAGAAGCAUCCUCAUGGUGCGGAAAAGCGCGAGGAGCUCGACGCUGAUCACAAGAAGCAUCCUCAUGGUGCGGAAAAGCGCGAGGAGCUCGACGCUGAUCACAAGAAGCAUCCUCAUGGUGUGGAAAAGCGCGAGGAGCUCGACGCUGAUCACAAGAAGCAUCCUCAUGGUGUGGAAAAGCGCGAGGAGCUCGACGCUGACCACAAGAAGCAUCCUCAUGGUGAGAGGAAGCGCGAGGAGCUCGACGCUGAUCACAAGAAGCAUCCUCAUGGUGUAGAAAAGCCGCGAGGAGCUCGACGCUGACCACAAGAAGCAUCCUCACGGUGAGAGCAAGCGCGAGGAGCUCGACGCUGACCACAAGAAGCACCCUAACGAGGGGAAGCGUGAGGAAGAUGACGCCGACCAUCGGAAGAAACACCCUCACGAGGGGAAGCGUGAGGAAGAUGACGCUGACCACCGGAAGAAACAC